CGAGGUAGCAGGCUCGGGGAAAUUCACCGACAAGGCGGAUGUUUACGCCUUCGGGGCCGUGGCUUUGGUGAUCGCUUGUGGAAGACCAGCCUUCCUUUUUAAGGCGCCGGUCGAGCAGAUUUUCCUUGUCGAUUGGGUCUGGGAGAAGCUGGAUCAGGAGAGCCUGUUUGAUGUCGUAGAUCCGAGACUGGGCGAGGAGUUCGAUGCAAAAGAGAUGAAAUUGCUUCUUCUCUUGGGCCUCUUGUGCUCUCACCCGAACGCCGGUAGUCGGCCGACGAUGAGAGAGGUGGUCGAGAUCUUGGGGGGUAGGGUGGCACUGCCUCUGGUUCCUUCGUCGAAACCGCAACCUCAUUACUUGUCUUCUGUUGCUACGGAUCAACACCAGAGUAUAUGAACUAGUCGAGCAAGUCGCAAUCGUCGUGACGGGCAGAGCACGAGAAUUCGCGAAUUCUGGAUUUCUUCAUAAUGUACUCACUGGGAUGAUGUCCUGAUGUCCACAGCACGAGUCCAGGUUCAUGAGUAAGCGCUCUAGGAGACCCUGAAAACGCAAUUCUGAAGCAAAAAGGAUGACGAGACCACAUCAAGUCCCACACUCGAGGUGUGGGACUUGAUGAGGGUAAGAAACCAUGAGAAACCACGAGGGUAAGAAUGUGUGCUAGCCCAAAUAGCGUCUCGAUGGGCUGCACCAAUGAUGUAUACUUAUCUCGAUCAAAAUGUAUAACAAAAGGGGUCAUAGAAAGAAGCACCCUUUACAUGCUCCGUAAAUUCUCUACACAAACUUUUAGGAUACCAAAGGUGUGGAAGGUUACUCUACUAGCCAAAAAACAUUCGGUGGUUUUGUAUUCUAUCUCCAAUUAAUUAG